UUGCAUAACCUGUAGGAAAAUACCAGAAUGGAGUUGCCCAAACCUAUUAUUGAACCCAAAUUAGCUCUAAGCCACACCUUUCCAAGCAAUGCAGAUGAACGUGGAACAGGAGAACCAUCUGACACUGCCUAGACACCGACAGUAGCAGUUGAUACCCCGUGGGAUCAACAAAGGUGCCGUGCAUUCAACAUCAAGCAUCCGCUUUGAGUAUGGAGUUGCUCCUGAGGCAGAAGUGGGAAAUGCCGGAUCUGCUUAUACCUUGGCAAGGUCUCUAAACCGCUGGGAAAUGGCCAUAUGCUUCCUCUUGAUGAUCUUCUUUAUUUGGAUGCCAUUUUUCGCUUCAGCUGCGUUACUAACACCCCCUCAGAAUAUUACAAUUCUGUCCACCAAUAUGAAGCACUUUCUCAUUUGGAGCCCAGUUCCUGAGAUUGCGCCUGGCGAGGUUGUAAAAUACUCCGUCGAAUUUCAAGGGGAAUAUGAGAGAGACUAUGCCAACGACAGCUGGAUCCCCAUUGCAGAAUGCACAGGUGUUAGCGUUACUCAGUGUGAUAUCACAGAAGACAUAUCAGCUACCGUGCCAUAUAAUCUGCGUGUUAGAGCAUCUACAGGGACACAGGCCUCUCUCUGGGCCACACUCAACGGCUUCUUCAAUCGUGUCACAACAUCCCUUAUUCCACCAAUGCUGACCGUCACCACUGAUGGAUAUCACUUGCUAGCAGAAUUAGAACACCUGGGGCCUGCCUUUGAAUUCUGGAUAUUUUACUGGAAGAAGGGCCCAGAACCUACAGUUUACCACAAAGUGGUGAGAGAAAGCACCACCACUGUGCAUCUGAAAACCAUGGAGGCUGGAGCUGAAUAUUGUGUUAAAGCUCAGACCUUUGUGGAAGCGAUCAACAGGAGCAGCAAUUUCAGCGAGGUGCAGUGCGUGAAAUCAGAAGAUGCCAAAGUCAUACUGUUGACCUUUGCCCCGCUCUUCCUGGUUAUUUUUUUUGUGGCUGUUUUGGUCCUUCCUUUUCUUGCUUGGAAAACCUGUCGGAUCUGCCAGUAUUCCUUCUGCCCAGAUGAGGUCCUUCCAGAUACAUUGAAGCUAACAGCAUCACCUGCUAAGAUACUAAAGGAGAGGGGAGAAGAGAUGGAGAAAUGUGAUGAAUCAGUGCAAGUAUUGCCUUCCGAAGACGUUUUGCUUCAUUUUUGGAUCCAUGAAACUCUUUAAUAUCACCCUGAAGACACUAAUUGCAAACUGAGAUUAACAGUCUUGCUCUCCUUCUUGACCCCUCUUCAGGCACACACAAGGUUUCUACCGAGAAGGACAAAUUGCACAAAGAUGGGAACCAAAAUAGAUAUCGGUAUCAGGGAGAGAUUCCAGCAACCUUACUUGACAGAGAAGUGUAGACUGGUUGUG